CCGUAUUCCGCGCUCGGGACCGAGGCACGUGCUGUUCGAGGCUCUUCGCAACAAUCACAUGAAGGCGCGAGGAGUUCCACGUCACUGUGGGCCGGCUCUUCAGCCGUUGGCGUGAACCUGGAGGUUAUGGCGAGGCUGGUGUCACUAUGGCAGAGGACGAGAGACUACGUGAAGACCAAGGAGUUCCGGGACUACAUUACCAGCACGCACUUCUGGGGUCCUGUGGCCAACUGGGGCAUUCCGCUGGCUGCCCUUAAAGACAUGAAGGCGCCGCCGGACAUCAUCAGCGGCCGCAUGACCACAGCGCUCAUCUGCUACUCUCUGGUCUUCAUGCGCUUCGCCUACCGUGUACGGCCUCGGAACCUGCUGCUGAUGGCGUGUCACGGCACCAACGUGAUGAUGCAGAGCAUUCAGGCGAGCCGCUACCUAGCCUACUACUAUGGUGGCGGCUCUACACCUGCCGCCGCCGCGGAGGCCAGCGCACCUGCACCUGCCGCGGACGCCUGCGACCCUGCACCUGCCGCCGCCGCGGACGCCUGCGACCCUCCCCCCAUCUCCUGCUAGGGUGGGGAGGGCUGCUAGCCCCAGUUCCAGGUCCUCGAAAUGAGGUUCUGAAUGGUUGCGAGGGCCUGAUCAAAUUUUUACAGCCUGCAAGCGCUGGGCUGUUAGUCCUCCCGAAGAAAGAUCAAUGAGGACUUUGGAUUCGCAGUGUAAAUCGGAUUAAAACCUGCAGCUUGAUUAAUGAAAAUGUUUUCCAGCUGUUAAGUGUUUAUU